AUGAGCCUCACGGAUGUCAGCGACGUUGACGGUUGGAUUCAGCACUUGAUGCAGUGCAAGCAGCUCCCAGAGGCCGACAUCAAGAGACUCUGUGAAAAGGCUCGUGAGGUCCUUAUGGAGGAGUCCAACGUCCAGCCUGUGCGCUGCCCCGUUACUGUUUGUGGUGACAUCCACGGUCAGUUCCACGAUUUGAUGGAGCUCUUCAGGAUUGGAGGCAACUCCCCCGAUACCAACUACCUCUUCAUGGGAGACUAUGUCGAUCGUGGUUACUACUCUGUCGAGACUGUCACGCUCCUGGUCGCCCUCAAGCUCCGCUACAAGGACCGCGUCACCAUCCUGCGAGGAAACCACGAGUCGCGUCAGAUUACUCAGGUCUAUGGGUUCUAUGACGAGUGCCUCCGAAAGUACGGCAACGCUAAUGUCUGGAAGGCCUUCACCGAUCUCUUUGACUAUCUCCCCCUCACUGCCCUGAUCGAGGACCAGAUCUUCUGUCUUCACGGUGGUCUUUCGCCCUCCAUUGAUUCUCUGGAUCACAUUCGCUCGUUGGAUCGCGUUCAGGAAGUGCCACACGAAGGACCCAUGUGCGACUUGCUCUGGUCUGACCCGGAUGACCGCUGCGGAUGGGGCAUUUCCCCUCGUGGAGCUGGAUAUACCUUUGGACAGGAUGUCUCGGAGACCUUUAACCACAACAACGGAUUGACACUGAUUGCCAGAGCUCACCAGCUUGUCAUGGAGGGUUACAACUGGUGUCAGGACAGGAAUGUGGUGACAAUCUUCAGUGCCCCCAACUACUGCUACCGAUGCGGCAACCAGGCUGCGAUCAUGGAGAUUGACGAGCACUUGAAGUACACGUUCCUCCAGUUUGAUCCUGCUCCUCGCCGUGGCGAACCCCAUGUCAGUCGCCAUGUCCCCGAUUACUUUUUGUAA